CCUCUUUCUCUGUCUUCAAACCAAGCUCGACCUAGAUCUGCAAUCUCCGCUUGUCCACGAUGCUGCAUUCACCUCUGGCCCUCAUCGCAACAGCACUCAUCUCUUCCGCAUCAGCAGCAGCAACAGCAGCAGCGCUGUCAAGGCUCUCCGCGUCAGGAUCUCCUCUCCACCCAUCACCCCUGACACCGCCGGUGCCUCGUCGCAUCGCUGCUGCUACCGCUACCGCCUAUGUCAACUUCAACUUCCCUGUCGGGUCGCCGCAGAGCAACGUGCAGCAGGCCAACCCCUACGCACAGCAGCCCCGUUUCUUUGUGGUGAGGGAGGAGAGGAGAGGGGGAUGGACACUGCCGUGGAUGAGUCAGCACAGCAUCUCUCUCUCUCUCUCUCUGUGUGUGUGUGUGUCUGUUCUGUGUGUGUGUGCAGUUGGAUCCUUCUUCGAAGGAGACGAUACUGCUGUUCGGUCGGCUUGCGCAGGAGUACUACCCCGACACACCCGAGCAGUCCGGCAGGCAGGGAGAGCCCUACGCUUACCUCGUGCAAGGUGAGCCGGUGGCAGUUGACCGAUGGAUGGAUGGAUGGCCAAGCACACAAACACUCUCUCUCUCUCAUCUCACGGACAGGAGUGUGCUUGUGCUGCUGCAGGUACGGGUACGUCGAUAGCGUCGCGCCUGCAGCCCCCUCCCCCCACCCCCAAGUGGGAGCGGCUGUUCCAGAACCCAACCGGCGGCACCGACCCGAAAAUAUCUAGGGCAACCUUCCAGGUAGUUAGGCCGGGCCAGCGGCAUUCAGGGAAGCGAGCCAGGGCUUGCCUGUGUGUGUGUGGUGUGUGUCAUGGGAUGGGACGUCCGUCAGGUGCGUAUGCAGGAGCUGCCCUUCCUGUGGCCCCUCUUCAAGAACGAGACCAUCGUCGAAUCAACCAUCUACAACGUCAUCGUCGAGCAGAACCUACAGGCACGUCUUGUCACGUCAUGGAAGCCAGCCGCCCCCCGGCCGACCCAUUCUUUCUCUGUCGCUGGCUGCAGGCAAUAGAGGUGGCCAAGGCUGAUGCCGAUGAGCUCAAGGCCUACAUCGACAACCUUGCUGGGGGCGACCCCGCCGUCGCACAGCAGAUUCGCGGGGCGCUCGCACAGUUUGAGAUGGGCGGGGGGAACCUGCCCGACCUCGGCAUACGCAAGGUCCGCCAACGGAGCCGCGCGCAGGCCAGGAAGGUCGUCCAUGAGAUAUUUGGAAACGAAGAACUCUCAUCGUAAGCGACACAAACACACAGACAAACACACAAACAGACAGACAGACAGACAGACAAGCUUUAGGUUUCUCUCUCCCUCCCUCACUCCUCUCUCUGUGCAGGCGUGUGUGUCGGGCCUUCCUGGACAGCCUGUUUGGGAGCGAGAAGAAGGAGUUCAGUCGGUAUGAGUUCGCCAGGGCCCUGGGCCAGAUGAGCAGGGAAGAGUUCUCGUCCGGCAAUGUCGACUUCGAGACCUUCGCCGCGCGGCUGCGUGAGUCGCUGGCCGACUACCCGGUGCCCGCUGUGAGGCCAGCGAUGUCGCCUGGCCUGGGGCAGCUGUUCAAGCUCUUUGGCAAGGCACCUGGGCCGUCAUGAUGAAAUGAUUGGGGGGGAUGUGACAGGAUGAGAUGAGAUAUGUGUCGGCUUUAUCGGCUUUAUGGGUGUGGUGGGACUGAUGAGAUGAGAGGCUGGCGGACGGACCUUUUUCUCGUGUGUUGGGGGAGGGAGAGUAGAUA